AUGAUAUCGAAAGCUGAAACAUCCAUCUUUUGGCCCGGUAUCACCAAUGACAUACAAUCAACCAGAGCAAAUUGCUCACAUUGUAACAAGAUGGCCCCAUCCCAAGCAGCCCUACCACCCAUCCCCCCAAUUCUCUCGAAGUACCCAUUUCAGUGCAUAUGUGCUGAUUACUUCAACCACCAAGGCCACAACUACCUCGUCAUCGUUGAUCGCUACUCUAAUUGGCCUAUAGUGAACAAAGCCAAGGAUGGUGCAACCGGUUUAAUCAACACUCUCAGACGUACCUUCGCGACCUACGGCAUCCCAGACGAGCUCUCAUCAGAUGGCGGGCCAGAAUUUGUCGCCCAUAAUACUCAACAAUUCCUAUGGACCUGGGGAAUCCACCAUCGUCUCAGCUCCGUAGCAUUUCCCCACAGUAACUGUAGAGCAGAAAUCGGUGUCAAGACUAUCAAGCGAUUGAUCACUGGAAAUGUCGCCAGCAGCGGUGACCUUGACAUUGACACAUUCCAGCAAGCCAUCCUCCAAUAUAGGAAUACACCAGACCCUGCCACAAAACUCUCACCAGCCAUGUGCCUCUUUGGCAGACCGAUUAGAGACCUCAUCCCAAUCUUGCCUGGCAAAUAUCAUCCUCACCCCACAUGGAAGGACACGCUACACCAAAGAGAAGUGGCAUUAAGACACCGACACAUGACACACCAGGAAAAAUGGAGCGAACACACAAAACCCCUUCAACCUCUACGCAUCGGUGACACUGUAAGGAUACAAAACCAGGUUGGACAACAUCCUACCAAAUGGGAUCGCACUGGCUCAGUCAUCGAGGUACACCAGUAUCACCAAUAUCUCGUUCGUGUGGAUGGCUCAGGACGACACACUCUCCGCAACAGGAAAUUCCUCCGCAAAUAUACCCCUACGCACCCUUCCCCACGACCAAGAUCUAUACUGGAUGAUCUGGCUCACCUACCUCCUGCCCUCCAACCCACACCUCCACUACCUCUCCCAAUCCAGGUUCCACUCACACCGCUUGACGGGCCACCAUCACCAGCCCCAUCCCUGCCACCUGCCUCCCUUCCUCCCAACCCUCCCCUUGUGCCUGAUUCAGUCCCCACUUCCUCCUCCGUACCACCUCUGAGAAGAUCGACCCGCUUACGCCGACCACCUGACCGGCUUUGGACUCAGACUUUAACCUUGUGGUCUUCCCCCAUUAAAGUCUUAGGGGGAGAUAGAGAACAUUGA